AUGGAAAAGAAAAAAAGCAGCUUUGAAGGCACAGCAAAGCAGGAAUUCCUAAGGUGGAGCUCUGCUGUCCUGCCUGGUGGCUCGAAAGUGACUCAGCAGUUCCUGAGCAUCCCAACUUGCAUCAGCCUCACUUGGAGGGUGAGGCCCUCUUGGAACCCAGGUCUUGUGGAAAUUUGCUUGAUGCACCCUCUUGAUGUGGUGAAAACCAGAUUCCAGAUUCAGAGAGGCACAACUGAUCCAAACCAUUACAAAAGCUUAGGAGACAGUUUUCGAGUGAUUAGCCGAACAGAAGGGCUGUUUGGCUUUUACAAGGGAAUUCUGCCACCCAUCCUGGCUGAAACACCAAAAAGAGCAGUGAAGUUUUUCACCUUUGAACAGUACAAGAAAUUGCUAGGAUAUGUGUCACUGUCACCAGCAUUGACAUUUGCCAUUGCUGGACUGGGAUCUGGACUAACAGAAGCCAUCGUGGUUAACCCUUUUGAGGUAGUAAAAGUUGGCUUGCAAGCCAAUCGGAACACAUUUGCAGAGCAACCAUCCACUAUGGGCUAUGCAAGACACAUCAUUAAGAAAGAAGGCUUGGGACUCCAGGGCCUCAACAAAGGAUUUACAGCAACUUUGGGACGCCAUGGGGUUUUCAACAUGGUUUAUUUUGGCUUCUACUACAAUGUCAAAAACAUUGUCCCUGUCAAUCAGGAUCCAGCGUUGGAGUUUUUAAGAAAAUUUGGGAUUGGUCUUCUCUCGGGGACAAUAGCCUCAGUUAUUAACAUCCCUUUUGAUGUUGCCAAAAGUAGGAUUCAAGGCCCUCAGCCAGUUCCUGGACAGAUCAAGUACAGAACCUGUUUUAAAACAAUAGCAACAGUCUACCAGGAAGAAGGGUUUUUAGCUUUGUACAAAGGUCUGAUUCCCAAGAUUAUGAGACUUGGACCAGGUGGUGCGGUGAUGCUGCUGGUUUAUGAAUAUGCCUAUUCAUGGCUUCAGAAGAACUGGUGAUUGCCUAUGAAGUGUUUUUCCUUCUUGAAAUAAUGGGUAUUUGCUAAGCAGCACCAUGAAGAGGAAAGAAUAUUGAUCAGCCAAGCUGGACAUGCAAUUA